AGAGGAUGUGCACAACCGCGGCGGCUCCGCGCAGGAGUCAGAAGCUGGAUGGGAAGCCGGACGGACGUUAGGUUGUAGUCGAGGAAACCUGCCGAGUAAACCAUGCGUGGAAAAUGAGUUUUAGUUCGUGGACAGCUUUGAAGGGCGCGAUAGCGUCUGUCGGAUGGUGCGCGCGUCUCCAGCCUGGAUUCAGUCCUAACAGAGGGAGCGAGUUCAUUUCACGGGAAAGCGACCCCAUCAGAGAGGUGACAGACUAGAUACUCCAGCUCCUCAUUAAAUGAUCUUAAUACCGUGUAACCUCUGACAUCACCGGGACAUUUAAACCCAGUCUGGCCACGCUGGGCUUUUCCCCCAACAACAGCAUCAAAAAAUUGCGCUGAUGUGACUUUUUUGUUUUUGUUUUUUUCUUGAGGGAUUUUUUUCCUCUCAAUCACAGGGAUAAAAUAUUUGAAUGAAGUAACAAGAAGACGUUUCCUCCCAUACCUGGAAAUGAUGUGAAAAAUUAAAGCGUGGAAAUGCGUCGCAAGUGCUUUUAUCUGCUUGAGGUGUGCGCCGUCAUGAGCCUCCUGCCGUCGGCCCCGUUAGCAGAUUUGACAUGUGAAGCUCUGCUCAUGCUGUCGGGGAACAUCUCGCUGCAGUCCCUGGCCGCCACCUGGAACCAAACUCUGAGCAACGCCACAAGCCAGUGGAGCGGCUCGGGGAUCUACUGUGAAACCUCCAUCGACGGCAUCGGCACCUGCUGGCCCAGGAGCAGCGCCGGGCAGCUGGUGGCACGACCCUGUCCCGAGAUGUUUUACGGCGUCCGGUACAACACCACCAAUAACGUUUAUAGGAGAUGUCUUGCAAAUGGGACAUGGGCGUUGAAGGGGAACUACUCGAUGUGUAAGGCCAUACUUCAUGAGGAGAAAAAAGGCAAGAUGCACUACCAGAUAGCUGUGAUCAUAAACUUCCUGGGUCACUGCAUCUCGAUGGUGGCGCUGCUCAUAGCCUUCUUCCUCUUCUUGUGUCUGAGGAGCAUCCGCUGCCUGAGGAACAUCAUCCACUGGAACCUCAUCACCGCCUUCAUCCUGAGGAACGCCACCUGGUUCAUCGUCCAAAUGACCAUGAGCCCCGAGGUGCACGAGAGCAACGUGAUAUGGUGUCGCCUUGUGACCGCCUCCUUCAACUAUUUCCACUCCACCAACUUCUUUUGGAUGUUUGGCGAGGGCUGCUACCUCCACACCGCCAUCGUCCUCACCUACUCCACCGACAAGCUCCGCAAGUGGAUGUUCAUCUGCAUCGGCUGGUGUAUCCCAUUCCCCAUAAUCGUGGCAUGGGCCAUCGGGAAGCUCUACUACGACAAUGAGAAAUGCUGGUUUGGGAAGCGAGCUGGCGUCUACACCGACUACAUCUAUCAGGGUCCCAUGAUUCUGGUUUUAGUGAUCAAUUUCAUUUUCCUCUUCAACAUCGUGCGAAUCCUGAUGACCAAACUGCGAGCCUCUACGACAUCAGAGACGAUCCAGUACAGGAAAGCCGUGAAGGCCACGCUGGUCCUUCUCCCUCUCCUGGGAAUCACCUAUAUGCUGUUUUUUGUCAACCCAGGGGAAGAUGAGAUCUCUCAAAUUGUCUUCAUCUACUUCAACUCCUUCUUGGAGUCCUUCCAGGGCUUCUUUGUGUCAGUAUUUUACUGCUUCCUAAACAGCGAGGUGCGCUCAGCUGUGAGGAAGCGGUUCCACCGAUGGCAGGAGCAGCACUCCAUCCGAGCCAGGAUGACCCAGGCUAUGUCCAUCCCCACUUCACCUUCACGGGUCAGCUUUCACAGCAUCAAGCAGUCUACAUCGCUAUGAAAGAGGAAGCCAGCUUUGUCCUACAUGUGCUCGCUUUGGGAGAAACCUCCAGCUGUCAUUGUCAUCCUUUUCUGCCACAUCACUGGAGUAACACUAAAACACUUUCUGCAGCUAGAGAGCUACAGAGAGGCUGCAUCAGUCUCCUAAACCUCAGGAGGGACAUUACACAGACUUUCAGGAGAAAAUGGAUGGGUACGGGCGGGAGAGGACAGUGCAGUCUUUGCAAAAUGGGAGGUUAGUGGAUCAAAAAGAUACACGUGACCAGGCUGAUGAGCGUGUACUGGAGUUUGAAUGUACAGUACUUGUUUAAUUGUCUGUUGUUUCUCCGCUGGCACUUUAAUUUUUUGCUCCAUCACGGUUGAGGAUUUAUGCGCCUGGACUGACUGAACUGGAUUCCAUCUCACAGAGUCCUGUGCUAACAGGAGGCAGUGACGAAGUCCUUACUCAUCUUGAGUUUUAUUUUCAGAUUUGUAUUUUUUUUCUCUCUCAAACAGCUGUCGGGUUUUAGUGUUGUUUAUUUGAUGUUGUGCGUUCUUCCUCUGUUCUCAGCUUGGUGCACUUGCGCUGCUUUCUGGACUUUCCAGGAAAGUUAAACACAUUCCGUAAUUCCUACCGGAGGAGUUUUGUUCCAGAAAACAGAGACUUUUACAGCUUUUAGUAACCUCCAUGUGAUCGAGCCGGAUCAUUUAUGUUUUCAUGUGUCGUUGUGAUCAUUGUUUUUUGCAGGAAGUGGCUCACUGAGAUGGCAGUGUCAGUUUUAACAUUAUAGACUUUGCUUUUAUUGUAAUUUUCCACCUUUAAUUACUAUAUUGUGAUGUUUUGGAGUGACACAUGGCCAACAGACCGAGAGCAGUGAGAUGUAGUGCUGCAGAAGCCCAAAGUGACAACGAAAACAGCAGAUGGAGAGUCAGCUAACUCCCAUAAUUUCUUAACUUAGAACAGAGUAAAGAAAACAUGGUACAAUAUUAUAUAGACAUAAUUUAGCCUUUAAAACAAUUUAUUCCAGUGUAAAAUCAAACGGGGUUGUAAAUCAGUCAUUUUUGUGGCUAAGGUGGCUCAGCUAGUCAGCUAGUUUCAAAUCAGUUGUUCUCAUUUUGAGUUCAGCUGAGCAUACAGAGUGAAAGCAGCUUUUUACUGCAGAAUAAUUGCAUGGCAUAACUCUCACUUAAAGCACGUGUUUAUGUUUCUAUUGAUGCACAGAUUAAACAGACUAGUCGAUAUGUGAUAAUUAGGGAGGUUUAGGGUGGCCAUGGCUGAGGUGAUGGAGGUGUUCGUCCACAAAUUGGAUUUAAAAUGCUUCUCCUCACGUACUAAUCCCUAAAUAAUCAGGCCCCAUCAUAUCUGAAAGACCUCAUAGUAGCACAUUAUCCCAGUAGAGCACUUCACACUCAGUGGAAAGAAGCCUGAGACCACUCUUGUUAUGAGGUGGAACUAAGACAAAGAUUCAUAAGGAGCAUCCCUGAAACACUGACAUGGGUCUAUACUGCUAUUUAACUCAGCAUCCGUGAAAUGUUCUUCUUCGGCCAUCUCUGCAAUGAUGCUGAAACAACAUUUAGGUGCAUUUUUUUUUUUUAAUUGUAACUUGUAACAAAAGUUUCUAUUCAGUUAUAUAACGCAUGGCCCUUCUCCUAAUUUAUCUUACUCCUGUUUUCUGUUGACCACCUAUGCUCUUGCAGAUCUGGCUUAGUAGCAGUUUUUGUGUGCAGAUUUGGCCCACUUUGGCCUACUUUGGCUGCAUUUGGACCAACUCCGAAUCACGUGGGCCAACCUGAAUUUGGCUAAGAUAUAGACCUCCUUCAGUUUCGGCCUCCCUGGCAUUCUUGGGGUCUCUUGAGCUGUGAUUUUUACUUCUGGCAGCCAGUUUGGGACCUUUUUGAAGCCAAACCAGUUAAGAUGCAUGUGUUACCUCAGGAAGUACACACACACAGCAUAUUUUGCUUUCAGUGCACCCACAUUAAUGAUGCACGUUUCUCAUAUGUUUCCAUCAUUUUAUCCAAACUGACUUUAACCUAAAAUCGUGGAGCCUCUGGGGGGCAGCCAGACAAGUUGUAAACACUUAAUAUUGUCAUAUAGAGUUAUGAUAGCUGAUGUGUGAGCAAACACAGACACGUGGCAGCACACAUUUAUUUCUAGCUGCUUUUAUGAAUGUCGUGUGCAAUAACAGAAAGGCAACUGGAAUCACAUCUUAUUUUAGUGUCGCUAAAUAAAAAAAUCCAGCUUUUCUGUGUUCACAGAAACCUAAAAAGUUUUGACUCUGUCUGAACAUAAUCGGUGUAAUACCUGCAGCGAUGGAUGAAUGUAGGGAAACAUAAACCUCACUUUAGCUGCUCUGUUUGCUGCUGAGCUACAGGACCAGUAUGAGUGACAUUAGUUUGACCCACAGAAUGCUGAAUCUUGUACAGCUUUAAAUCAAAUGGAGCGUAAUAUGAGAUCAGGUCAUGAAGUCAAGCUUUCAUUGAUCUCACUGCCAGCCCACAUGCUACUCUUUCACACAUCCUAUCAGUAAAUCUCUGAGGGCUCACUUUUUCACUGCUUCAGCCUGCCAAUAGUUGCCGUUAACCUGCAAGCCACUUUGCAACCCACCUCCCUCAGUGCUCCUCCUUUUUGUGUCCUUGGCUUAAUCUGUGUCCUGUGAUGUAAACACCAGGAGUGGUCGUGUCUGAACUUAAAUCCACCAUUUUUUUUUUUUUUGCAAAGGUUUUCACAAAGUAUAAAAACUGUGCAGUGACAGUGAAUGAACCAUGGGUUCAGCGUUGACUUGUCAGUGGUCAUAAGUAAGUUAAUUAGUUAUAUUUUUAUUGUCAGGGACCAUGCACAAAAGCACUGAGACUUGAAAUGAGUCAGGAGCAACAUGAAGAGGAGGAGCUGGGAUGGAGGUGGGCUGCACAGUGGCUUCCAUCAACUGUAUUGCUAAAACAGUGCUGUGCUCAAUUUAUCACUAAUUUAACAGCAAACUAAAUGAAAAGCAUGACAGUUUAUUUUACAAAACGCACCAUCACUAUAAAAAACAGAGAAAAUGAUUACGUUUUACACUUAUUCAUAGCUAGACCCGCUCCUCCUCUCAGUGACUUCACAUUAAAAGCUUUUUUUUUUGGAACAAAACGCUUCAGCUGAACUAAGAGACUUAAUAUUUUUGCCUCUCCACCAGCCAGCCAGGAAGGACGGUGUUCAUUCUCAUUCACAGCUCGUGACUUUCUGUGGCGUUCAAUUGAUUUGAACAUUUGCAGUAACUGUAUUUACUGAUGUAAAUAUAUAAAUACCA